AUGCGUGGUGGAGAAAAAAAACCAUUUAAAGUAUCGUAUGUGUGUGUGGCUAUUACUGGACAUGCACAUAAGCCAAUAUUUACAUACAUGUGUCAAAUACACAAUAUGAAAGCUUUAGGAGAGGGGAAAUCUAAAAAGGAAGCAAAACAAAAUGCUGCUGCCCAGAUGUGUGAAAAACUUUUUAAUUUAAAAAUUGACUCUGUGAAUGACAGUGAUAAAUUCAUAUCGUCUACUACCACCACUAACUCUGAAGUUAGUGAAAAUGAUACAUUUUUAAGUAGUACUGAAGGAUCACAAACUAUAGAUGAAACUAACUCAGAUGUGAAUGAUGAAGGAUUGCAACAAUUUAAAUAUGACGCAGUACAAAUUGCACAUUGUGAUAUGAAUCCUAUUGGAGCCUUGCAAGAGUUGUGCACAACUUAUAAAUGGACACCUCCAUUCUACAGUUUUGAGAUAUCAAGGAAAGAUCAAAGUGAAUGUAGAGUAUUAUACCAAGUUACUUGUGAAGUUUUUCAUUUACAAACAAUGGGAACUGAUAGUUUCAAGAAAGGAGCUAAGCGUAAGGCUGCACGUCUGAUGUACGAAAAGAUUUUUGACGUUGGCAUAGAACAAUUAAAUGAAUCAAAAUCUUCAUACCCAAUAACACUGUUAUCAACUGAGGAUUGUGAACAAAAUAAAUGCAUAUCUUUAAUACAUGAUGAGGAAUAUCAAAAACAAUUAAAUAAAUGGGUUUCAGCAUAUUAUUUCCGUUCAUAUUUUACAGAAACAACUGCAUCUAGAACGGCAAUGAAUGAUAUAACACCAAUGUCUUUAGUUGAGAAUAAGGAUAAUCCAACGCAAGAAGAUCAACAGCUAGGGCGAUCUGCAGCGGAACUGGAACACUAUAUUGAACAUUAUGAUCCGAAUGCAAGUGCUGUUAAUAAAUUAGAAAUUUUAUGCAAGGAAAUAGGUUUCCAAGCAAUUUAUGUAUGUUUGGGAAUUCAAAAAGAAAAAGAUAUUGAAAACAAUACCGGCCAAGAUGAAGAGCAUGCUGUAUUGGUACAAGUCACUUCUCUACCAAUCACUGUUACGACUGGAUAUGGAGCCACUACUGAUGUGGCGGCAGAAGAAGCUGCUAAAUCUAUACUACAGACGUUCAAAGCAAUGUUGCUCUUCACUAAGCCUUCUAACGUAAAUUUCAAUAAUAAUAAUGAGUAG